UUUUAUAAUAUAUAAAAUAUAUAAUAUACUUUAUUUUUUACAGAUUGAUGCAGAUUGAACAAGAAAGACUGUUUAUAUAUUGUAAUAUUAUUCAUUGCUUCUAGCAUUCCCUUUAUAGAACUUUAACUCAUAAUCUACUUAUUGAGUCACUUUGCUGGCAAAUAAAUUUAUUCUGUUAACGUAACAUUCAGAGUCACAGAGGAAGCAGGCCAGUGAUUGCGGUGCUUUCCCCAGGUGGCUUUGACACAACUUCCUCAAUUUCAUAAAUCUUCUACGUAGUGUCUGCUUCCACUAAACAGACUGUCUUUAAUCUCCCUACACGAAGAAGAGAGUGACAAACCUAUUUGAUUUGUUCAGGAUGCCCUGUGGCAUUAGGACUAUACAAUAUGUUUGUGUGCCUAGACUUUGUGACAGGUACCGUUGCGGUUUUUCUACACAGCAUUGGAAAGUUUGGGUUUCCGAGACGUCAUUGCAUCUCACAGUUUGACUAACGCCCCCUUUUGCGUCGUAAAAUAGUAAGCGUUGUUCAAUUCAAAGAAAUGAGAUCACGCUAUGGUAGGCAGUAGAAUUACGGGUGAAAUUAUAAAGGAAGUGGUUGUUAGUAGAUCCAGUAUGCUGUGUGAAGAGCGGAUGAACAUGUGGCUUCCUUCCUGAUAUACCAACAGACAUGUUAGCAUGUCUUGUCUUUUACCACUUCCUUCCUUAAAUCUGGAUCAAUUUUGAUCGGAUUUGGUCAUCGGAGUGUUGUUGGGGUCCAACAAGCUGUCAAAAAUUACAAAGAUUGUAUUCAACACCUUAAAGACAUUUCAUUGUAAUGACCUCAGUUUUUUCAACACACUGGAUAAGCUGUGUUACACUCUAAGAUAUUUCUACCACAGCUCUUUACAAAAAUGACGUCUACAACAAGUCCCGAUAUGAAGGGAGAGAGCUGUGUGGUAAAUGACAAGAUGUUGCCAUUUGCCACACUCUAUAUCAUUAUCUUCCUGAUAGGCAUGGCCGGCAGCCUGGUGGCACUCUGGGCCUUUAUACACAGUAGAAACUCCAAGAAGUGCAUCAAUGUCUACCUGAUUAACCUUCUGACCUCUGAUUUCUUGCUGACAUUGGCACUGCCAUUCAAGAUAGCUAAAGACUUUGGUGUGGAAUCUCAGAGACUAACAAUUUUCCACUGUCAAGUCAGUUCGCCACUCCUUUACAUCAACAUGUAUGCCUCAAUCAUAUUUCUGGCAUUUGUCAGUGUACAACGUUACUUCCAGAUCACCCAGAGCUCCAAGCUGUUCCGUCUUCAGGAGGUGGGCUUUGCCCUGGUGAUGUCAGCUGUGGUCUGGCUUCUGGUGCUCUUCAUCAAUGUCCCAAACAUGGCAAUCCCAAUCAAGGACAAAAUCUCUAACAGCACUUUAAUUACAUGUAAAGAUUUAAAGCAGGAUGUUGGCAAGCAUUGGCACACACUCUCUGUUUUUCUGGGCAUGGCAAUUUUCCUAAAUGCCUCUGUAGCUGUGCUUAUGUCCAACGGCCUGGUGUUGAAACAGUUUUGGGGCAAACGUGGAGGAGAUCCCGAAGAGCAUGCCAGUGCUCACCAAGCCACUGUCAAUAUUGCUAUGGUGACAGUGGCUUAUGUUGUGUGCUUUGUACCGUAUCAUGCUGUACGUAUGCCAUAUACAUUUACACAAAAUGAGAUCAUUACUGACUGUGGUCUUAGGAAGCACCUAUUUCUAGCCAAAGAAUCCACUUUGCUUAUGGCCAUCCUAAACCUGUGCUUUGACCCAGUGCUCUACUUUUUUAUCUGCCCCUCGUUCAGAUAUCAGAUCACACAGGUUUUUAAUAAAAGGAGAAAACGGGACAUAAACCCAGAAUCUGACCCAGAUCAAAAGCUACAACUGCAGCCAGUUUUUAAGCAUGUAGAAUAGAUGUUUGACAAAAAAAAAGAGUGAAAAAAGUGAACUAUUAACAUUGUGCUAUGCACUCAGGGUGUCAGGGUCUAUAAAACCACACCUUCAUUAUAGAGAUGCCUGAUAUCAAACCAACAAGGGAUAUAUUGUGUUCUCCUAAAUCAAUCACAACUCUCUACCAGGUAAAUAACUCAGUAUGUACAUUAUAAACAUAAUAUUAAAACAUUUUAAAUCUUAGCUGCCUGCACAGUACUUAAGAACAAAAACCUUUUUUUUAUUAGAAACUGAGAAUAAUCUGCAUAGCUUUGCACUAUGAACACAUUCUAUUCACUAAAGCUAAAUAUUAACAUUUGUGUUAAUAUAUCAAAACAUAAAGGAUUUGUAUUUUAAUUUGCACAAAUUAAAUUAGUUAUUCAUAUUAAGUAGAAUCAAAUAAUUCUGAGGUUUCAAUAUUGUAGUCAUUAUUUUACUGUAUUUAUACAUUUAUAUUUAAAAAUUUCAUGUCAGGUCGAACAUUCCUGGCAAACUGCUGGAAUUUAACCAAGUUGCAGGCAAACCAUCAAAAUAUUUUUGUUGUUGUUGAUUAUUUGUAUUUGGAAUAACCUCUGUCAAAAACUGGAUGCUUUUACAUAACUGUAACAUAACUGCCAGGAUUUACCAUUACUAUUCACUGUUAUUCACCUCCUUACUAAACUAUACUGUUAUACUAAGUAAAUGUUGACUGUUUAGAUGGUCACUAUGAUGUUUUUUUCGUUUGUUUUUAACUACAAAAAUUCACCAGAUUUUUUUACUGAAUAUGAGCAAUGAAUAGAUCACACAUGGAAAUCCCUGAUAUGACUCACUGUUUUUACACACUGGUUUUACUGACACCUAUCACCUUUUCACUUUUACAUUUAUUUAAUUCGAUUUGAACAUUUAAAAAACUGCACUUGAUUUGAUAAAUGUUAAAUAUUUACCCUAUUCUGAUCUUUUCUUUUUUCUUUAUAUAUUUAAUCAUCUAAAAUUUUCCAGUAAAAAGUACCCAAGAAAAGAUAGGUGGGAAACCCUAAAAACAGUCAGUGUUUGAAUCAUGCCCUGACUCAUGCCUUAGUUGGUUAACAAAUGUUAACUCCUACUGGUUAUUUCUCAUCAAUCCUUGGCUAGACAUUUUUACCUGGUCAAAAAGGUCACAGAGUUCCUUUAGCUAUAAGAUGGAUUUUCCCAUUUUAUGUAAUUUAUAUUUACAAAGAUGGUAGAUAAUUUGUAUACAGUUAUAGUAAACAAAUGUUAUAAACACAGCUUAUGAAAUAUAUUAAUUAUUUUUUUAUAAUUGUAAUCAAUUACAACCAUCAGAAAUUAGUACUGUGUUUGGACCAAUAAAAGCAUUCUAACAAGGCUGCAAGGUUUGUCUUAAACAUGAACUGAGACAUUUGGGAGAGCACCUUUUUCAUCUCUAAUUAAAUUAUUAUUAUUAUCUUCUUGUAAUUAAUAAAGGUAUUGUGCUUUUACUAACACUUGAAUAAAGUAAGCAAGUUGCUGAUCAGCACAAAAAUACUGCAUUUAUUUUAAACAUUUUAUAGAACUGACAGCAUAGACAAAUAUUGUUUAUAUCUUAUUUAACUGCCUUUACCAGUCCUUUAUGACUAUUUUGCAUGUAAAAAAUGUAAAUUAUGAAUCAUUAGCUUUGUAGUCUGAUAUGAUCAUGAGCAGACACUUCCUGUUUACAGUUAUUCACUUUCAGUGAAUGUCAGUGAAAUAUGCAAAAACGAACCUGAAUGAAAUUGUUGAUGUGGUUUUAUGUCUUGGAAAUAUUGAUUUAUUUCAUUCAUGACAAUUUCAUGACCACUUCUUAGCUCUAAAUUACCUACAAAUACCAGACUCAGCAAAGACAAUAAAUUAGCUGGUAUAAACUCCCAAAAGACCACCAGUCAUAUCACCCUUUCAGGUUAAUUUAAACUAGCAAUCUAAAUUUUUAUUUAACACAUUUUUUUUACACUUUGUAAUUUAUUUACAUAAAUACUGAAAUAUUACAUGAAAAUAUUUGUAAUAUUUGGUACAAGCUGAAGAUCAAAUGCUUUUGAAAACAGGUCUUUCAUCUCCUACAACUACCCCUUCCAAUGAUGGCUUUAACUGAAUUCUGUCAUUCUUAUUCAUAAAUUCUAAUAGAGUGAAUAGUUUGACAAAAAAUAUCAUAUUGGAUCAUCCAAGACAUUUCCAACCCUAGAUAAAUAAUGUUCAUUUACACAUAUUGGUUAUGUCAGAAACUGCCAGAAGUACAUAAGUGUAUCCAUUAUAUCCAAUGUUUUGAUUUAUAAAAGAAA